GGACUAAACCCUAACCCUCCUCAUUUUUCGCGCUCCUCCUAACCCUAGCCGCCACUUGGCAUCUGCCAACCAGCCAACUACCUCUUCCCUUGAUCCGGCGGCUCCAGAUCGAGAUCUGAUGGCCCCUGGCCGCGCAGUUCGACCCCUGCAGCCGAAGGCCCGCCGCAGGCCAGCCGCCGGUGCUCCCGAAAGCCGUCUACGCCUGCUCGCCUCACCCAAGCAUUUGUUUGCCUCUCCACCCGACCGAGUGGGAGCUCGCGCCAACGCCAAGCAUUUUGGGGACACAAUGCACGUCGCCACCGGCAAGCAACUAGCAUCGAGUGCCGCCGCCGCCGCUCCUCCCGAUUUUAGGCUUCUCCCCCUUGCUCUGCCAAACAUCUGGAGCUCUUCCAUGGACAUCACGGUCCCUUGCUCCCUUGAGUGGAAUGGCGUCGGCGGCAUGGUGAACGUCUCCCCUGAGAGGGAUGAUGCCCAUGGCGAGGAGAACAAUUACACCUACAGCAUGGAGAGGGUCGCCACAAAGACUAGCAAGGGUGCCUACAGCAUGGAGAGCAACGGUGUUUUGCUGCAGAUCGAGAAGACCUGCCACCAGUGCCGUCAGAAAAUGGCAAUCAACAUUAUGGCAGCUUGCAAGAAUAUGAAGAAGUCUCGGUUGUGCUCACUCAAGUACUGUCGAGAUUGCUUGCGUAAUAGGUACGGCAUGAAUUAUAUAAAAGUGGGGCUGCAAGAUGCCUGGAGCUGUCCAAAAUGCAGGGGAGAAUGCAAUUGCAGUGUAUGCAUGACCAACAAUGGAGAGAAGCCGACUGGGAAUUUAACCCGAGCUGCCAAGGCAUCGGGGUGCUCCUCCGUCCAUGAGUUUCUAAACAAGGGGACGUACGUGGUGGCUGCACCACAGAAUUUGGUAACCCCUCUCAAGAGUGCAGACGCUGCUAACUUUGAGGCUAGUCCAGGUGCAUUAAAUCUAUUGGGCCAUACCAAACAUAUUUUUAAUCGCCUACCAGAUUUAAAUUUACCUCUUGGUCCCCCGGAGGUUGGUUUUCAAGCCUUCCAGGCCCAUAUCAACGCUGAUCUGAAUGUGAAGGAAGAGCAAGAUAUUUUGAAUAUUGAUCUCAACAUGACAGUACAGAAUUUUUUUGUGAAUUAUGCACCCAAUGCUGAUGAAAGCGAGCUUGUAGAUGAGAGUAUUGAAAUCCUAAAUGAAGAAGAACGUAAAAUCCAAUCUCUUGCUUUGGCACCUAUCCAGGAGAACAAGGUUCUGUCACUCAAUACACCGAUUCAACCUGACAAGCUGGACACUCAGCCUAAUAUCACUAAUGGUUCUUCAAAGAAUGUUGUUGUGGGCACUAGGGAAGACUCUUCUAACCCCAUGCUGGAGAUGGCUCCCCUUGGUUUCUCUAUAAAAGACAUUCAUGUGGUUGGAAGUAAAGGAAUCCUCAUUUCCGAAGCUCAUUUUGCUCGUGGGGUUGAUAGCUCUAAGGUGGUUCAGGCUCCCACUUCCAAGAUGCAUCUACCUAAUGUGGGAAAAGAUGAUGUUGAUAUUACUUUUUCCACCCAUCAAAACAAACCUACUGCCCCUCUAACACCAGGAGAAACACCAGAGCAGAUCUCCACCACAAGUGAAUUGCGAGUGAAAGGAAAAAGGAAGAAGAGAGAUCCUCUUGUGGAUCUUAUUGCAUCCGAGGUGAAACCAAAGGAAAAAACUGAGGCCAUUCUCAACAAGAAGCCUAAUAGGAGGGUGGGUAAAGUAGCCACCAUGAAGGGUGAACCACUACUGCACAAUGAACCUAAAUCAGUAGAGCUUUAGUAUUGUUGUAAUAAAUCUUAGUUUGUGUCGUGAUCUCUUCAAUGACUGUCUCAAACUGUUUGGAUGAUGGAUGUAAUAGAAUUAAGUAUACCUUUCAUAAUUAUUGAUGGGUUUCACAUGUUUGAUAAUCAUUUGCAUUGGAAAACUGUUUAAAU